AUUAAUAAACAUCGAUGAACAAAUGAAAUACGGCAACGUCACGCACGUCUCUGACUGAAGUGGUAAAGUGAUUGUUCAUUCGGCUUUUUAUAAAAUUGUUGAAUUUACAAAUAAUAUUUUCAAUUUCUAGUAAAAAUGGCAGAUAAUAAGAGCCCCGAUGAUCUCUCGACCGCGAUCCUCCGCCGCAAGGACAGGCCUAACCGUCUCAUUGUGGAGGAAGCCGUCAGCGAUGACAACUCCGUGGUGGCCCUUUCACAGGCCAAAAUGGAGCAACUGCAGUUGUUCCGUGGUGACACAGUGCUGCUCAAGGGCAAGCGGCGCAAGGAGACCGUGUGUAUCGUGCUCUCGGACGACAACUGUCCGGACGAGAAGAUCCGCAUGAACCGAGUGGUGCGCAACAACCUGCGCGUGCGACUUUCCGACGUGGUCUCCAUCGCGCCGUGCCCGUCUGUCAAAUAUGGCAAGCGGGUUCAUAUACUGCCUAUUGAUGACUCUGUUGAAGGUUUGACCGGAAACCUGUUCGAAGUUUACCUAAAGCCGUACUUCAUGGAGGCGUACCGACCGAUCCACCGCGACGAUACAUUCAUGGUGCGCGGGGGCAUGCGCGCGGUCGAGUUUAAAGUGGUGGAGACUGACCCCUCGCCGUACUGCAUUGUGGCUCCCGACACCGUCAUACAUUGCGAGGGAGACCCUAUCAAACGUGAGGAAGAAGAAGAGGCGCUGAACGCCGUCGGCUACGACGACAUCGGCGGCUGUCGCAAGCAGCUGGCGCAGAUCAAGGAGAUGGUGGAGCUGCCGCUGCGGCACCCAUCGCUGUUCAAGGCUAUCGGCGUGAAGCCUCCGCGCGGCAUCCUCAUGUACGGCCCGCCCGGCACUGGCAAAACUCUCAUCGCUCGAGCUGUGGCUAACGAGACUGGCGCUUUCUUCUUCCUGAUCAACGGGCCCGAGAUCAUGUCCAAACUGGCCGGAGAGUCUGAAUCCAACCUGCGCAAAGCGUUCGAAGAGGCCGACAAGAAUUCCCCCGCUAUUAUCUUCAUUGAUGAGUUGGAUGCUAUCGCUCCGAAGAGAGAGAAGACGCAUGGUGAGGUCGAGAGGCGUAUCGUGUCUCAGCUGCUGACCCUUAUGGACGGCAUGAAGAAGUCUUCCCACGUGAUCGUAAUGGCCGCCACCAACCGGCCGAACUCGAUUGACCCCGCCCUUCGUCGGUUCGGUCGCUUCGACAGGGAGAUCGACAUCGGAAUCCCCGACGCGACUGGUCGUUUGGAGAUAUUGCGCAUUCACACCAAGAACAUGAAGCUGGGAGACGAUGUUGAUCUGGAACAGAUCGCUGCAGAAUCUCACGGCCACGUCGGGGCGGAUCUGGCGUCUCUCUGCUCCGAAGCGGCGCUGCAGCAGAUCCGAGAGAAGAUGGACCUCAUCGAUCUGGAAGACGACCAGAUUGACGCCGAAGUGCUCAACUCGCUCGCCGUCACUAUGGACAACUUUAGAUACGCGAUGACCAAAUCGUCUCCAUCAGCGCUCCGGGAGACAGUUGUUGAGGUCCCCAACGUCACCUGGACAGACAUCGGAGGGCUGCAGAACGUCAAGCGUGAGCUGCAGGAGCUGGUGCAGUACCCCGUGGAGCACCCGGACAAGUUCCUCAAGUUUGGCAUGCAGCCCUCUCGGGGAGUGCUGUUCUAUGGACCUCCGGGUUGUGGUAAAACCAUGUUGGCCAAGGCGAUCGCUAACGAAUGCCAGUCCAACUUCAUCUCGGUGAAGGGCCCCGAGCUGCUCACCAUGUGGUUCGGAGAGUCUGAGGCCAAUGUGCGGGACAUCUUCGACAAGGCCCGAUCAGCGUCCCCGUGCGUGUUGUUCUUCGACGAGCUGGACUCGAUCGCGAAGUCGCGCGGCGGCAGCGUGUCGGACGCGGGCGGAGCCGCGGACAGGGUCAUCAACCAGAUCCUCACUGAGAUGGACGGCAUGGGCGCCAAGAAGAACGUGUUCAUCAUUGGUGCAACAAACCGUCCGGACAUAAUAGACCCGGCCAUACUGCGUCCGGGGCGGCUGGACCAGCUGAUCUACAUCCCGCUUCCGGACGAGAAGUCGCGCGAGGCCAUCCUCAGGGCCAACCUGCGCAAGUCCCCCAUCGCCAAAGACGUGGACCUCAACUACAUCGCCAAGGUGACGCAAGGGUUCAGCGGCGCCGAUCUGAACGAGAUAUCGCAGCGCGCGUGCAAGCUGGCCAUCCGCCAGGCCAUCGAGGCUGAGAUCACGCGCGAGCGCGCGCGGCAGCAGCAGGGGGCUCAGGGCGUCAUGGACAUGGACGAGGAAGACCCCGUGCCGGAGAUCAGCCGAGCGCACUUCGAGGAGGCGAUGAAGUUCGCGCGGCGCUCCGUCUCGGACAACGACAUCCGCAAGUACGAGAUGUUCGCGCAGACGCUGCAGCAGAGCCGCGGCUUCGGCACCAACUUCAGGUUCCCAAGUUCAGGCGGAGCGGCGGGCGGCACGGGCACUUCGGGGGGAGACCAGCCCACCUUCCAGGAGGAGGCCGGCGACGACGACCUCUACAGCUAAACGGGGCUCUGUCCACCCCGCACCACCACACUACUCCGCUCAUUGGCGGCCCUUAGACCAUCAAUUAUAUUUGCACUAUAUCAAUGAACACAAAGGUUAUCUGGCCCGUGAGUCGCGGCUGCUAUGUUGUCAAAAAAAUUACAACUUUUCAAUUUGGUCGAGUAACCUUGUCUUUCAUUUGUAUUGCGUAAUAUAAUUUGACAGUUUAAGCGGCCCCUUUUCACCCUAACGCACUUGAUCGUGGUUAUUGGUGCAAGAUUGUAACCGAGACCGAUUGUAUUAUGUAUUGUCGGGUCUUAUUAAUAAUUACGAUAUUUUUAUCUAAAAAUAAGAAUAAAUUAAUGUGAACGAAUCGAAAAACAUUAAUUUUGACAAUCUCUUUACGAAUGCUUAUUUAGUAAUUUUAGAGUUUUCUAGAUGAUAUUACUUAUUUAAGACGCAGGUUCGUCUAAUAACUUUGACGCCGCAUGGAAAAUACAAACCACAAUCGAGUAGCUAAAAUAACCAAGCGAUCAAGUGUGCGAUGGCUCUCAUACAACUGCAUUUUGAGCAUUCCCGAUCUGAUUCAAGGCCAAGCCAGAACGAAUGCGUAUACAGCACGUAACCGUGCACGUACCAGUGCCGUUCUAUGAAACUGAACGUGUCACUCCAGCUACGUAACGUACGCGUGCACGCUUACAUACGUUCUGCAUAUGUGUUCGUUCUGAGGCGGCCUAUUGUCGUGGGUGACAGCGGUGCCCGAUGUCCAGCCUUCGGACUGACAUUACUACUUAAGGAUUAUUGGUUUAGUAAGGGUGUAUCGGAGACGUAUGCGUCGAAAUUUAUACAUGCGAGUCAAACGCGCGAAAUUUUCACCGAUCUAUGUCUACAAAUAUAAUGUAAAUGUAUUUAUUUUAUAAUUGAAUCAUUCGAUAGCAUUUGUUUCUGUUCCGAUUCGCUUUAUUUAGUUGUAAUCGAGUAAUGUUUGUGGAACGCCCGCGGGCGGUAAGAUCAUUAUGAUAUAGGAUAAUUUUAUUGUUAAUUGCCCAAUCCUGUGAGUAGGCGAGGUCGGAUAGCCGACGUUACACAUUAUUGCAGUGAUUUUCUAAUAAAAGAUUUUUAUAGAGUAA